AUGGACGAAGAAGUGUAUGACCAAGUGUUAAAGUAUGAGGACGAACUUUACAAGGAAGAAGAAGCGUGGGAGUCUGCUGCGGAAAGUCAGAUUAGCGAUUCUCAAGAUUUAUUAUUAAGUCACGUUUACUAUAACAGUAAAUUGGCAGCACCAGAUAUAGCUCAAUCUAAUAAUAAAUCUUCUGGGAGCCCUUUGUUCACCACUCCACAGACAAGUUUGAAGGAAGGUGAACGUCUAAUGACCUCAAAACCAAAAAACAAUAAUAAACAGCAGUACGAUUCCUCCACUUCUACUUAUUAUUCUAGAGACCGUAAGGGAAAGAAUAAAGUAGACGUCGAUGAAGUUCGUACUCCACCUUCUUACACUACUGCUAGGGAUGAACGUUUCAUGACUCCUGAGCCCAGAUAUAACCAUGACAAAGAUAAUGACGCGUACUAUGAUUCAACGCCGACUAGAGCUAAGGGAAGUAAUAAAGUUGAUGCGAAUAAAUUUUGCACUCCUCCUAAACAGAUAAGAGGUAACACAUAUCUCGAAGCAAUUGUAAUAAGUGACGAUGAUAUCGAGACAUCAUCAGCAUACACUAUCCCUUAUAAUUCGAACGUUAGUAGCACUUCAACCAAAGCUCCGGAAACUGAUUCGAAAUAUACAAUUGGACGUACCAAGAUCAAAAAUAGUAAAGCAUCCCCUAGUACAUUGGGAUCAAAGAAACGAAUACAGCUCGGUAAUACAUCAGAUUCUUAUUCGUCUUCCGAUACUGAAUACAAAUUAUCUAUAAAAAAGCAACCGGAAUCACUACCAAUCAGUGUACACUCUACACCUUCAAAAGAUCCCGCUAACAGCACUACAACUACCGCUUUCGCCACUGAUAAUACUACCAAUAUGCCUGAAGGGAUUUUCGUUAAAGAAAUAAUAACACCAGUCGCAACUCCCAGUCGAUUCAUGCAACCGAAUUGUGAAUACAAUCUUCCAGAACGAUCACCAUCGGCAAGACGUAACACCAAUAAAGCCAGCAACAGCAAUCAUCGAUAUUUUGAUCUUCCGCCACAACCAUCCCCUGUGUGCUAUGACUGUGGAGGGCACGGUCAUUAUGGUGAUGAUUGUCCUGGAAAAAUGAGAGGUAGAGGAAGAAGAAAUCAUGCUUCAACGUCUAGUAGACUGUAUGAUCAAGAUGAUCGCUCUAGGCGUCGACGACGAUAUCGAGAUGACUAUGAUCGAUACGAGCCACAUUUAUAUUAUUCAGAUGAUGAAUAUUCUGAUUCAUAUGAUCGUCGUCUGUAUCAUUGCUGA